CUUUUUAUAAUAGCUAUAUUUAAUUUUUAACUUUAACAAGAAGAAGACGUUUUAGAUGGCUACCCGAGUUCCUCUAGCAGACCUUAGUGUGAAUAUAUUAAAGAAUCGUCCUAAAGCGUCUCUUUCGAAGCCAAUUAAAAAGUCAAAAGCAGAUUUUUCCUAUACUGAGAAUAUUUUAAUGAAUAUGAAACUAGCUGAAAAGAAAAAUACUCUUAAAGUGAAUUUCCUAUUAAAAAAAAAUUGUAUUGACGGUCGUGAAAGAGCUGAAGUUGUUCUUUGGAUGUAUGAAGUAAUGUGGAUUGAAAAAUUAAACGACGUUACUAGGCAAACUGCUGUUAAUAUCUUAGAUAGAACUUUGCAGAAACGUUCCACUAGUUCAAGUAGAAUCGAUUUAGUCGCCUUGGCAAGCAUUUUGAUUGCUGCUAAACUUGAAGAGGUAAUUGUUCCAAAUCCUACAGUUCUGAUAGGAUAUCCCUCCAAAAGAUUCACCCUAAAACAAUUAUAUAGAAUGGAGCGUAUUAUCCUAAGACUAUUGAAGUUUCAACUCAUUAGACCAACGCCUUUUUGCUUCUUGGAAGCUUAUUUUCACACAACAAGAAUUGAUUUUAAGGAUAAAAUGCAAAAUUUCUCAAGAUAUCUAAUAGAUUUAGGAACUACCGAUCAGCAUAUAGCUACCUACGCCCCUUCAAAAAUAGCCUCUUCCGCACUAUACAUUAUGUUGCGAAAGGCUAGUUCGAAGAAUUGGUGGUACGACGAAUUCGAAAGAGUAACCGGCUAUACAGCGGAAGAUGUUGAAAAGGUUAUUGAACCAAUUACAAAACUUUCAACAUCUGGAUUGAAAAAUGAUUUUUAUACGUUUUUAAAUAACCAUUACAAAAGAUUACUUUAA